AUGGGCGAUUCGAAUAAAGAGGAUCUCGAGGUUAACGGCAUACAAUCAGUGUACGCGUAUAAAUCCGCCGGAUGGAGACACCCUCUAGUCCUAUACGUGGACGGCGUGCUCGACGAAGGCAACCUCGGCGCCAUCGCUCGCUCAGCAUAUUUCCUCGGUGUCGACGCCAUCGUCACUCCUACGCGCCAGAGCGCACCAUGGAGCCACAUCGCGCUCAAAGCCUCGGCUGGCGCAGCUGAAGCUAUACCCAUCUUCAAGGUCAAUCAGGCUACCGACUUCCUCGGGCAGAGUGCGCGUGCCGGAUGGAGGAUAUAUGCCAGUGACGCCGUUCCUCCUGCGCAACUUCCAGCUCUUCAAGGAGCAUCAUCCGGCAAACAAUAUACUCCUCCUACCAGCGAAGUGAUAAUUACACAAGCUCGGAGUGCGAAACGUUUGCCCGUGGAGCAUUGCCCCGUCGAGAGUCAUCCCACAAUCCUGAUGAUGGGCGCUGAAGGAACGGGGCUGCGGACGAGUCUGCUAAACUUGGCGCAUUUCAAAGUUGGCAUUCGGCACGGACGAGAUGUUGACGAGAUAGGCGUCGACAGUCUCAACGUCAGCGUAGCAGCGUCUCUACUUUGUUACGAGAUGUUGCAAAGACCGAAACCACGGACGCGCGACAACGUGCUCUUCUAG